AUGGUACAGUUGUUUUAUUACGAAAGCAGAGGAAAAUGUUGUCGGAAAGUUUUCAGUUACCAUGGUUAUCCAGCAAAAGUUUUGUUAUUUCCCUAUGAAGGAUGGGCACAACCUGCUUUAGUCUCGUACUGGAUCUUAAAAACAUACUUUUGGAGUCGCAGCAAAUGCAAAAUUGUAGAAGUUACGGGGUCAACAAGGAGAACAACUAAAGGAAAAAUGACAGACAAAGGCAAAGAUGCGAUGUUAAUCACCGGACGAUUCAAGGAUGCUAAAAAUCCAGAUUUCCGGAUGACAUUAACAAGCAAUGUCAGCAAUGCAGACUUUCAGCAAGGAUAUUGUGUCACGGGAACUCUUGAAAGGGGAGACAAACGUAAAAGUGAAUACCAGCUAACACAUUAUGCUAUGGUUAGAAGAAAAGGCUAUGACGAGAAAUCUUAA